AUGGCGUCGAAAACGCCGGCCCUGAGUUCGCCCUCUAGUCCAUCUUCGUUCCCAUGCCUAGAGUCACCUAAGAAGCCAGGCUUGCAGAAAAAUGAGGCACCCGUGCCGCCUGACACGGCCAGUCCGGUUCCGGUCGGCAGCGCUCUCAAGGGUUUCGUGGAAACAGGCUCGGCGGCAGCCAUCGAGGACAACACGCACGUCAUCCUCGGCAACGGCCGGUACCAAAUGCGCGUCCUAAUCUCCGCGGCGCUGGCUGCGGCGGUGAUGCUGAGCCAGGCGCUCGCCUACGAGCUCAUCGGCAGACCCGUGGACCACUGGUGCAGGCCUCCCGACAACAUGCGCCAUCUGCCGGUGCAUGUCUGGAGGAAUGCAGCCAUCCCCGUCGACACCGACGGGCGGUUCAGUCAGUGCACCGUGUACGACCCGCCGAUCGCGGAAAACGCGUCAGCAGAACGCCGGGUGGUGGAGUGCCAAGAGUGGGACUACGACACCGGCAACCGCGCUGACAGUAUUAUCAGCGAGUGGGACCUGGUGUGCGGGAGACAGUGGCUCCGUCACCUUUCCGUCAUCCUUUUCAUGCUGGUGGCGGUGGCCUUCGUUCCAGCUUCCGGUGCGCUGUCCGACCACUGGGGGCGUCGGCCCGUCAUCCUCAUUAUGACUGGGACGCUCUUCAGCGCCAGUCUAACCGUGGCCGUGGCGGAGACUUUUCCAUUCUUCCUCAUCGCCCGGCUCCUAGUGUCUGGUUCGUGCAACUCUGCCACCAUGAUCCUUUGCGUGCUCCUCUACGAGAUGACGGGAAAAGAGCGGCGCGCUCUCUACUGCGUUUGGGCCACGGGCAUCGGCGUCACCAUUCCCGCACCCUUCCUGUGGUCCGUUGGCGCCCUUCAGCCACGGUGGGCGCUUGCGCAGGCCGUUCUCGUGCUGCCGACCACCAUACUUGUCCUUCUGUGCUACUCCUUAGAAGAGUCGCCCAGCUGGCUAUUCAGCAAAUCGCUGUGGCGCCAGGGGGAGCAGGUGAUGCUCAUCGUGGCAAAAGACAACAGAGUCAACAUGGAGAAAGCCCGAAUCUCGCUCCGUUUCCUUCGGCACCAAAUAAAACAGCAAGAAAACCUGCAGACGACCUCAUCUGCAGGGCCAUUAAAAAGCGAAACGGGGAUCGAGUUAGCCGCACACAGGGCCGUAUUCCGACGCCAGGCUACCUCCGUGGUCAUAUGCUUUGUUAGCCUCACGUUCGUGUUCUACAUUUUCAUGCUCAAGGACAAGUUUAUCGGCGUGCACCAGGCAGCAGCUCAUCUGGCCUUACAGUCUUGUGUCUACUUCGCCGCCUGCCAGGUCAUAGUCAAGAAGGGCCAGCGCGAGACACUAACCAGAAUGUUGGCGCUGCUGUGCUCGUUGACGGCCGCCCACGCCGUGGCGCAGUCUCUGGACUUCUCGUUCGUGAUCCCGAUCCUUCGCAGUUUGGUGCUGGCAUGCUGCUCGGCCUGCCUCAGCAUCGCCUAUGGUUACACGGCCGAGGUGUUCCCCAUCGCCAUUCGCAGCACUGGUCUUUGCUUUGCCUAUAGUUGUGGACGUGUGGGAGGCUUUCUCGGUGUCGUCGUAAACAAGGAUGCAGUAAAGGGGCAUCAGUUGGCCCUUGGCGUCAUCUUGGCGCUCGUGGUCUUCGCCAGCACCGCUGCCAUUCAGUGGCUCCCGGAAGUUUUCGUCAAGCGCCCGCCAAAGAAGCCACUCGAGCCGGAAGUCACGUCUCCGCAGCAGCGUAAGGCGGCGCUGAAGGAGUCCAUCGCCUCUCCGAGCUGCGUCAAGACUCAGCGCCGGACCGUGAAUGCCAAUCUCCGGUCCCUGCCAGGACUCGCCCUGGUCCGCAAGCCGUCCCGCUGCGUCGGUGUCUCUGGUGUGUUUCCUUCGGAAUAG